AUGGCCUCCCCACCUCCCGAAGAAAUCGACCUCUACGAAGUCCUCUCCAUCCCCCGCUCCGCCAGCAAAGCCGAGAUCAAAAAGGCCUACCACAAAGCCGCCCUCUCCUCCCACCCGGACAAAGUCCCCGACGAGCAACGCGCCGACGCCGACGUCAAGUUCAAAGCCGUCUCGCAGGCCUACGAGAUCCUGAGCAAUGACGACACGCGCGCCGCCUACGACCAGCACGGGAUGGCGGCGUUCGAGAAGGGAGGGGGAGGAGCGAAUGGGUUCUCGGGCGCGGGACCGGACUUGGACGACAUUCUGGCGCAAAUGUUUGGGGCGGGCGGGGCGAGUUUUGGGGGCGGGGCGGAGUUUGGGAUGGGAGGUGGAAUGCCGGGGAAGAGGAGGAGGGGGAAGGGCAGGCCGGAGAUGCAGCAGUACGAGGUCACGCUGGAGGAGCUGUACAAGGGGAAGACGACGAAGUUUGCGAGCACGAAGAAUGUCGUGUGUCAGAACUGUCAUGGGAGUGGGGGGAAGGAGAAGGCGAAGAUGAAGCAGUGCGAUACUUGCAAGGGCAAGGGGAUGAGCACGAGGUUGCGACCAGUGGGGCCGGGGUUGGUGACGCAGGAGACGGUGCCGUGUAAUACUUGUGCGGGACGGGGGAGCUUUUAUCAGGAUAAGGAUAAGUGUAAGAAGUGCAAGGGGGUGAGGACGAUUAAGCAGAAGAAGAUUCUGGAGCUUUACAUUCCGAGAGGUAGUCGGCAGGGGGAGAAGAUCGUGCUGGCUGGAGAGGCGGAUCAGGAUCCGGAUGAUGAAGAGCCGGGGGAUAUCGUUUUCGAGCUUGUGGAGGAGCAGCAUGCGACGUUCAACCGUGCUGGGGCAGACUUGCAAGCGGAUCUGGAUAUUUCGCUGUCAGAAGCGUUAACGGGCUUCAACCGAGUGGUGCUGGUACAUCUGGACGGCCGCGGCAUCAGCUUGAAGGUACAGCAACCGAAGGGCAAGGUCCUACGGCCGGAUGAGAUUCUCAAAGUGCCAGGAGAGGGCAUGCCGAUGAAACGAUCGGAUGCAAAGGGCGACUUGUACCUGAAGGUCAACAUCAAUUUUCCAGAGGACGGCUGGCUCGAGACGCAAGAAGCUGUGGACAAAGUACGCUCUGUCCUACCGAAAGCGGAGGGUAUGAAGCACGGCCCUGGCGAAACACCCGAUCUCGUAGACGACGUCUCCUUCGACGUAGUGGAAGAUCUCGAAGGUUUCGGCGCAGACUCAGACGAUCCGCGCGCUGGUAAUGAAUGGGAGGAUGAUGAGGAGGGCGCUGAGGGUGCGCAGUGCGCCCAGCAAUAG